CUUGUUAUGAUCAGUUUUGCCUAGCAUGUCCGCAGGCCUAUUUUUAUCGUGCUGUUGUUCUUACAAGAAAGCCGUGGGAAAACUUGGUCCGGUUUAUUUCAGGCAAAAUGUUGGUAGCAUCUAACGGACCUGUUGCAACUUUUGCCCUGUUUUUGUUCUUUUCUUUUGCUGUGAUCAGUCAGACUAGUGGAAAUCAACCAAGGAAUGGAGUAGGCGCUCUGCCGACAAGUUUUUUACCAACAACUGAUGAUGAUCUUCCUCCAAGUGCUCAAGGGAACGUUGAGUUUGGCACCAAAAAGGCCCGUCCCAGAAUUGUAGGGGGUACAAACGCGCAACCAGGGUCUUGGCCAUGGCAAGUGUUAGUGGACUUUGAGGAGCAUCAAGGCCCUGUUUCGUGUGGAGGCUCCAUUCUUACCCCGUACUGGAUCGUUACCGCAGCUCAUUGUUUCGAUGGUGGAAAAGAUCCUGCGGCUUUUACUGUGACUGUAGGUGAACACGAUCUUCGUAUAGUGGAAGGAACCGAGCAAAUAAUCCCAGUCGACAAAAUCAUUGUACAUCCUAAUUAUAGCCGGGAAGCGACGGCUAGGUACGACUAUGACGUGGCAUUGAUCAAACUGAGGGACCCGAUCAUUUUCAACAGUAACGUAAGACCUGUACUUCUGCCCACCACGGAUUUUCCUCCUGGAACUAAUUGCUAUGCCACUGGAUGGGGCGAUACAAUAGAGGAUGGAAAUAUUGCACAGAUUUUGCAGCAAGCCCAAGUUCCUCUUAUAUCACGUGAAACUUGUCAGCGAUCAUACGGCGAUCCCAAACACCGCAUUACGGAACGCAUGCGCUGUGCAGGUUUCUCUCAGGGAGGAGUUGAUUCAUGCCAAAGAGACAGUGGAGGACCGCUGGUCUGUCCGAGCAAUAACAAGUGGUAUCUCGUGGGUAUCAUCAGCUGGGGAGUUGGUUGUGCGCGCCCGAAUAGAUUCGGAGUGUAUUCUGACGUGUUUGUACUUAAGACCUGGGUGCAGGAUACAAUUAACAAUUCUACAACUCUGUGAUUGUCUGGGGUAGAAGAGAGAGUGAAGUUGUCUGUUGAGGACUAGCUCACGUUUCACGGAAAAUACACGUGUUUUUACUUAAGCCCUGGGUGCAGGGUACAAUCACCAGCAUCACAGCUUCAUGAUUGGUGAAGGUAGAAAAGAGACUGAAGUUUGCGGUUGAGGACUGCUCAGUUUUCAUGGAAAAUGUAAGAAUCACGGCAAACUAAUAAAACGAAUCUCACUUAACGGUUAAUUUUUCGGGUAAACCACGGUUCACGUCUUUUUUGAUAGCGGGUCACGUUUCACGAAUUCGAAUAAAAUAGAGUCAUGUUAUUUUCGACGAUAAAAUAAAUCCUAGUUAUCGUCUUCUAAGAAUGCUUUAGCAAUAAAAGAGGGAAUGUAAACCAU